AUGCAAAGAGCAAUGCUCACCUCCCUCACUCCAUUCAACCUAACCUUCUCCAAACCCACCGCCAUCGCCGCCGCCGCCGCCGUCGCUCACUUCUCUCUCCCCGGCUCGCCUGACUCAAACCCCAACCAUCGCACCCUCGCCCACUCCCUCCAAUCCGAAACCCUCGAAAUCCUCGAAUGGGCCUCCGUCUGCGACCGCCUCUCCGCUCUCGCCUCCACCUCCAUGGGCUUCUCCGCCGCUCAGAACGCCCGAAUUCCCCUCGGAAAAUCCAAGUCCGAGAGCCUGAAGCUUCUAGAUCAAACCGCCGCCGCGAUCUCCGCCAUCGCAGAGAUCGGUUCUCCGCCGUCGGAUUUCCACUCCGUCGAGGACGUCUCGGAGAUCGUAAACGCCGCCGUUUCGGGAAAAUUGCUCACCGUCAACGAGCUCUGCGCUGUGCGCAGAACACUCAUAGCCGCAAAGGCCUUGUUCGAGAAGCUGAAGGCCUUAGCUUCGGGAGCAGAUUCUGAUAGGUACUUGCCAUUGCUUGAAGUACUUGAGGAUUGUGAUUUUCUAGUGAAGCUGGAGAGGACUAUAGGGCUGUGCAUAGACUGCAAUCUUUUGGAGAUUCUCGACACGGCUAGUGAGGACUUGGAGAUCAUUAGGUUUGAGAAGAAGAGGAACAUGGAGAAAUUGGAUGCUUUGUUGAAGGAAACGUCGUCUAAGAUAUUUAAGGCCGGUGGGAUUGAUAGUCCUUUGGUGACGAAGCGCAGGGCGAGGAUGUGUGUGGGUGUUAGAGCUAGGUACAAGUAUUUGGUUCCCGAUGGUGUGGUGUUGGAAGCUAGUAGUUCUGGUGUGACGUACUUCAUGGAGCCGAGUGAGGCGGUGGAGUUGAACAACAUGGAAGUGAGGCUUUCGAAUGCUGAGAAGGCUGAGGAGAUAGGCAUUUUGAGCUUCCUUACGUCGGAAGUUGCAAAAUCUGAAGCGGAGAUAGUGUAUUUGUUGGAUAAGAUUGUAGAGGCUGAUCUUGCUUUUGCGAGAGCUGCUUAUGCUCGGUGGAUGAAUGGGGUACGCCCAAUUUUCAGUUCCAUGGAUGACAACGGUUUAGAUAAUGGUGCCACUGAACUUGGGAUGUCGGUAGAUGUUGAAGGAAUACAGCAUCCUUUGCUCCUUGAGUCAUCUCUUAGAAGUUUGUCUGAUGCCGUUGCAUCCAGUUCUAGAAGCUCACUUUCCUCCAAAGACCGAAAUGAUGUAAAAAUGGUCUAUCGAAGUUUAUCUAGUGGUGUAUCUGAUUUUCCAGUGCCGAUAGAUAUCAAAAUUGGAUAUGGAACCAGAGUGGUUGUAAUCUCAGGGCCUAAUACUGGCGGGAAAACAGCUUCCAUGAAAACUUUGGGCCUGGCAUCUCUUAUGUCAAAAGCUGGAAUGUAUUUGCCUGCUAAAAGCCAGCCAAGACUUCCAUGGUUUGAUCUUGUUCUAGCUGAUAUUGGAGAUCAACAGUCUCUUGAGCAAAGCCUCUCAACAUUUAGUGGACACAUAUCAAGGAUCCGUAAUAUUUUGGAAGUCGCCUCAAAAGAAUCACUUGUCCUCAUUGAUGAAAUUGGUAGUGGAACUGAUCCUUCAGAAGGCGUGGCUCUUUCUACCAGCAUCUUGCAGUAUCUCAAAGAUCGUGUUAACUUAGCUGUUGUUACUACUCAUUAUGCGGACUUAAGUCUACUAAAAGAAAAGGAUCACCAGUUUGAAAAUGCAGCCAUGGAGUUUUCUUCAGAAACCUUAUUACCAACUUAUCGGGUCCUAUGGGGAAGUAUUGGUGAUUCAAAUGCAUUGAGUAUUGCUAAAUCAAUUGGUUUUAACCAACAAGUAAUUGAGCGUGCACAAGAUUGGGUGGAAAGGUUAAGGCCAGAAAAGCAGCAAGAGCGUAAAGGUAUGCUUUAUCGGUCAUUAAUAGAGGAAAGAAACAGACUGGAAGCUCAAGCUAAGAUGGCAGCGACUCUUCAUUCAGAAACCAGGGAUAUUUAUCGUGAGAUCCAAGAUGAGGCAGAAGAUCUUGACAUGCGCAAGAGAGCUCUUAUGGAAAAGGAAACCCUACAGGUUCGGAAAGAAGUGAAGAUUGUCAAAUCUCAAUUGGAAGCUGUGCUUCAGGAGUUCGAUAAUCGACUCAAAACUGCCAGUGCUGAUCAAUUGAAUUUGCUGAUUAAGAAAUCAGAAGCCGCAGUUGCAUCUAUUAUUGAGGCUCACAGUCCUGAAGAUGGCUUCUUGGUUAAUGAGACAUCUGAGACCUCAUACACACCUCGAUCUGGGGAACAAGUCUAUUUGAAGGGACUCAGAGAUAAGAUAGCUACUGUUGUUGAAGCACCUGGAGAUGACGGGACAGUGCUCGUACAAUAUGGUAAAAUUAAGGUUAGGUUGAAGAAUAAUGAGAUCAGAGCUAUUCCUAGUAGUGAAAAGAAUGCCACGACUAGUUCUGUCCCACGUUUGAAGCAGCAGGUUUGGCAGAGCCGUACUGUGGAAAGCAAAGAUGGGGAGGUUUCUUAUAGUCCAGCGAUACAAACAUCAAAGAACACAGUGGAUCUCCGUGGCAUGAGGGCAGAGGAAGCUUCUUACAAUCUGGACAUGGCCAUCGCGUCUAGAGAGUCUCAGUCAGUUCUUUUUGUUGUACAUGGGAUGGGCACAGGGGUUAUCAAAGAGCGAGCACUUGAAAUUUUAAGGAAACAUCCACGAGUAGCCAAGUUUGAAGCAGAAAGUCCAAUGAAUUAUGGUUGUACUGUUGCUUACAUCAAGUGAAAUGGCAGUCUACUGGUUAGCGAUCCUUGUUUAUACUCAUACACAACACAGCCAACGAGUUUAUUGAAAAAUGGAACAAGUUUACCAGUAUAUGAUAUCCAUUAUGUGAGUUAUAUUGCUUCCAUGCUUUCUUAUUCAGCUAGUUAUAUGUCGCAUCGUACUGUAGAUCACACCAGGCUUUAUUAACAUAGAUAUUCUAGUCUGAUCAUGGUGACGGUUUUGGGACCACGCUUUCUUGUUUUAGGGGAUCAACUGGUUCUGGUUCUGCAGCAACAUUGAGUGGUGGUGAUGGAGGGUCCGUAUCUGCCGGAGGUCUGAUCCCAGUAGUAUCACGGGUAUCCAUUGGUUCUGAAGCAGCCAGGGUAUUCAUGCUGUGUUUAUCCUCCUCUUCAUGGUUCAUAUUUUGUUUUUGACCAUUGCUUCCCGCCAUUUUGGGAUCAUUUGAGUUUUCAAAGUACAAACGAACUCCUCUGCAGUUAUUACCAUGGCAUUUAAUUGGUUUGCAGUAUAAACCGCCAGAAGUUCCGAUACCAAUUUCACCGCCGAUCACACCACCAAUUUCAAAGCCAGGAAUGGUGAAACCUGGGACAACAGUGCUUGGGCUGCCGCCUUGGCCCCGGUUAUCACCGCCACUUUGGUCCCCACAAUCACUGCCACUGCUUUGGUCCCCACUAUCGCAGCCGCUUUGGUCACCGCAAUCAUCACCAACUCGGUGGCAGUCUCGCCAAUUGCCGCCAACGCCACUUUGG